AUGGCAUGAAUAUGUCCUCUCCUUUUCCCUGUAGCUGGAGCAGCAGAGGCAGCAGCUGCUGACGGAGCGCCAGAACUUCCACAUGGAGCAGCUGAAAUACGCGGAGCUUCGCGCCCGCCAGCAGCUGGAGCAGCAGCACAACCAGAACGCCCAGCAGUCCCACCAGCAUUCCAGCGGCCCAGGCAUGAACCCUCUGGGCACGUCCGGGCAUCCAGGCCUGAUGGCACCCCAGCAACCUCCUCCGUAUCCCAUGAUGCACCACCAGAUGCCUCCUCCUCACCCUCCUCAGCCAGGUAAGGGUGGGAAGCCAGGCGUGGCUAAGCGAGGUCAGGUCGGAAUCCUGCCAGGACAUUGGAAUUUAGAACUCAGGACUGAGGAACGUAAUUAUGUUGGGUUGGAUCCCAUACCGCUGUGAACGGGGCAAGAAUGU